AUGCUUUAAACAAUAUAACUAUGGAAGAAAGUGAAAACUAAUUUGCAAUCAAGAUUUUCUAAUGUAAAAAAUACAUUUGAUUCAAUUGAUACAAAAAAUAAUGGAACAAUUGAUAUAGAAGAAUUGACUUUUGAACUCCAAACUAAUCAUGGUAUUACCUCUAAUAAGUAUUAUUUUUUAAUUAUCUAGUUAAAUCAUGUAAAUCUUUAAUUUACUAAAUAUAUCCAAAAGUUAAGAGAUUACAAGAGAAGAAUUUGAAAAAUUAUGGAUGUCUGAUGUGACAUAAUUAUCAAAGGAAGAAAAAGAACUUGAAAAACAACCAAUUAAAUCAUAUUUAAAACCUCAAUAAUCAUCUAUACUCUAAAAAUCUGGAUCUUCUUAAUAAUUCUCUAAUCUCUUUGAUAGUUACAAAUCAAAUAAUUCUCCUACUAAAUAUAUUAAUAUUUAAGGUGAUUUUACAAUCAAUUAAUUUAAUACUCCUCCUCUAUUAGAUAAGACAGCUUCUCCAUUAAAAGUUAUUUCACCUCCUAAAUAAGAUUAAUAUCCAAAAAGUAAAUUAGAAGUAAAAGAUGAUAAAUUUAGAGAUAUGUAAAGAUAAAUUUCUAAUUUAUUUAAUUGUAAAACUGAGUAACCAAAUACAACACCACUAUUAAAAUAAAAUUUUGAUGGUUUUUUACAUACAAUUAAAUUAGGGGGUAGUAAGAAAUCUAAUAUAAAUAUAUCAUCUAAAACUAAAUCACCAUUGUUAUCAAAUCAAAUUUCAUUAUAAAAUUAUGCAUUUUAAUUUAAUGACAUGAAGAUGCAAUUCAAUUCAAAGUACAAUGGUGAAAAGAUAAACAAUAAUGUGAAAAACUUUAUUUAUAAUAAAAAAUGA